AUGGCUAUGUGGUCACCCAUCCAGACAUCAACCAACACUUCAGACAUCAACCAACACUUCAGACAUCAACCAACACUUCAGACAUCAACCAACACUUCAGACAUCAACCAUCACUUCAGACAUCAACCAACACUUCAGACAUCAACCAUCACUUCAGACAUCAACCAUCACUUCAGACAUCAACCAACACUUCAGACAUCAACCAACACUUCAGACAUCAACCAUCACUUCAGACAUCAACCAUCACUUCAGACAUCAACCAACACUUCAGACAUCAACCAACACUUCAGACAUCAACCAACACUUCAGACAUCAACCAACAUUUCAGACAUCAACACUUCAGAUAUCAACCAACACUUCAGACAUCAACCAACACUUCAGACAUCAACCAACACUUCAGACAUCAACCAACACUUCAGACAUCAACCAACACUUCAGACAUCAACACUUCAGAUAUCAACCAACACUUCAGACAUCAACACUUCAGAUAUCAACCAACACUUCAGACAUCAACACUUCAGAUAUCAACCAACACUUCAGACAUCAACCAACACUUCAGACAUCAACACUUCAGAUAUCAACCAACACUUCAGACAUCAACCAACACUUCAGACAUCAACAAACACUUCAGACAUCAACACUUCAAACAUCAACCAACACUUCAGACAUCAACCAUCACUUCAGACAUCAACCAACACUUCAGACAUCAACCAUCACUUCAGACAUCAACCAACACUUCAGACAUCAACCAACACUUCAGACAUCAACCAACACUUCAGACAUCAACACUUCAGAUAUCAACCAACACUUCAGACAUCAACCAACACUUCAGACAUCAACCAACACUUCAGACAUCAACACUUCAGAUAUCAACCAACACUUCAGACAUCAACACUUCAGACAUCAACCAACACUUCAGACAUCAACACUUCAGAUAUCAACCAACACUUCAGACAUCAACCAACACUUCAGACAUCAACCAACACUUCAGACAUCAAACAACACUUCAGACAUCAACCAACACUUCAGACAUCAACCAACACUUCAGACAUCAACCAUCACUUCAGACAUCAACCAACACUUCAGACAUCAACACUUCAAACAUCAACCAACACUUCAGACAUCAACCAACACUUCAGACAUCAACCAACACUUCAGACAUCAACCAACACUUCAGACAUCAACCAACACUUCAGACAUCAACCAACACUUCAGACAUCAACCAACACUUCAGACAUCAACCAACACUUCAGACAUCAACCAUCACUUCAGACAUCAACCAACACUUCAGACAUCAACCAACACUUCAGACAUCAACCAACACUUCAGACAUCAACCAACACUUCAGACAUCAACAAACACUUCAGACAUCAACCAACACUUCAGACAUCAACGAACACUUCAGACAUCAACCAACUCUUCAGACAUCAACCAACACUUCAGACAUCAACCAACACUUCGGACAUCAACCAACACUUCAGACAUCAACCAACACUUCAGACAUCAACCAACACUUCAGACAUCAACCAUCACUUCAGACAUCAACCAACACUUCAGACAUCAACCAACACUUCAGACAUCAACACUUCAGACAUCAACCAACACUUCAGACAUCAACCAACACUUCAGACAUCAACACUUCAGACAUCAACCAACACUUCAGACAUCAACCAACACUUCAGACAUCAAUGUAAAAGUUGA